AUAUUUGAAGAUUAUUUAUUUUUUAAUCAUAACGUCUGUGGAAGAUGAUAAAAUUGUAAAACAGAAACGGCAGCCUUUAUGUACAGAGAGCCUCAUAUCCCCAGAAGAGGCUGUGGGAUUGUGGGUGAAAUCCACUGAUAUCCAAAGCCCCAUGUCAUUGGCUGGACAAAGAUCAAGUAUUAUUAUUUAUUCACAGUACUGGCGUUACACUGCAGGUCUUGAGUUUCUUGGGCACAGCGUGUGGGAUAUUUAGUAAUCAAUCAGAGCCUAAGGAUACAUUAACUUAGAGAAAAAAAAUAUAUUUAUUUAACCCUUAUUUCUCUGUGGAAUCUGGAAAUCUGCAGUCUGAGACCUGCCCUGCCUGUGGCAGGAUGAAGCCUUUGUGAACUUGUAGUCAGAUUCUGCUAAUGACACAAGUUAAGGACACAUCCCAAACCUCCCACUUGUACACUGCUGGGCCCAGCUUACUCUUGUGAGAGGCUUUUUACUAGCUGAGACUCUCACAAGUCUUAUUAACAUCUAAAUACAUUUAGAGCCAUUUUGGGGGAAGGUGUCAUUUGUAGGCAGUAGCUGAAUUUGGGCUUUUGAAUUUUUAAAAAUUAUCAGAAAGAUCCAGUAUCUACUUGACAGAGGUUUGGCUAUCUAGCUUCACAGCUUAAGAAGUGGUAGGGAGCUGGCUAGAAUUUGAAAUCUUUUGCUUAAAUGUUAGGUAGCUAUAACGGCUUUUAAGUUGGCCUAUAUUAAUGAGGUUGAACAAAACCUUUAUGCUGGACUGGAUGACUCCUUCAGGGUGAUUGUCUGACUGGAGAUUCAGGGACCAGGAAGUUGCCAUCCCAGCAGUACCUCCAUUUAUGUUGUUGUGCUGAAAGCUUUAUGGAUAACAAUUUUAGCUCAACCUACCAUGGCAAGCAUCCAACACAAGUCCAAGUCCCACCCAUGUGCUUCUAUUCACCAUCAUAAUUUCCUUAGAACUGAGAUGUGAACUUUGGAACUAGCAUAUGGCUAAACAGGAGGCUGUAAGACCGGAGACAGGUUAUUUCACAGCUGGUUAUACAAGGUCUAAUGUGUUAGGAAAUUCGGAUGAACCAUGAAAUUCAGUACAGGAGUUUUGUACAUCUGUUUCCAGAGGUUCAAAAGCCCACAGUAAAGGAGGAAAUGGCAGCUCACAGAUUAAACUCUCAGCAAGGGGAGGUGUGGAGUCAGCCACAGCUGAGCCUGGUGCUGCUGGGAGAGAGGCUGUCUGGGAAGAGCUCGGUGGGCAACAUGCUGCUUGGCCGGAGGCAGUUUGAGGCAGGUGAAGUGACAUCACACAGCAGGAAGGGGACCGGGAUGGUGGCGGGCAGGCAGGUGACUGUCGUGGACACUCCGGGGUGGUACGUUGAGCGUCGCACGCCGGAGAGUGUUCACCAGGAGAUAGAAUGGGGCGUGGCACUCUGCCCCACAGUGCCCCGCGUCUUCCUGCUAGUCCUCUGUGUCACUAAAGAGUUUGGUUUGGCCGAGUGGAGAGCCAUGUGUACACAUCUUGGACUCCUACAGUUUCCUGUGUGGACUCACAGUGUGGUGCUGUUCAACCCAGGGGACCAACUGGGGGCUCAGAGCAUAGAGGAGAACAUUAAAGGGGGUGGUCAGUAUCUCCAGAGGCUCAUGGAAAUGUGUGGGAACAGGUACUGUGUUCUUGGCCGUGAUGGACAGGCUCUGAUUGCACAGCUUCUGAAAGAGAUGGAACCAUUGGCAGAAGGAAGGAGAUCAAACACCACUCAGAUCCAACAGAAGAGAGAGGGAGCUGAAUGGAAGCGGAGGGAGGAGGGUGAGAGAUUCCUGGUUUGGAUGGAGAAGCAGACCCAGAAACCCACAGCGCUCCAUAUGGCAGAACUGGACCAUGGCUCUGCACUGACCCUGGUGCUGCUGGGUAGAAGAUUGGCAGGGAAGAGCUCAGCUGGAAAUACCAUCCUGGGUGGGAGACAGUUUGAGAGCGGGAAGAAGACUGUGUGCUGUGCAGAGAAAUGGGGUACGGUGGCCUGGAGGAGGAUCACUGUGGCCGACACUCCUGGCUGGAGUCAGUAUGGUCUGGCCAAUCGGGAGCAAGUGAGGGCGGAGAUCAUGCGGAGUGCUUCCCUGCACCCACACGGGCCCCGGGCUUUCCUCCUGACCAUCCCAGUGGACUCCUUCACUGAGAGAAACCGGAGGGCGGUGGAGGAGCACCUUGGUCUCCUGGGAGAGUGCGUGUGGAGACGCACAUUAGUGCUCUUCACCUGGGGUGACAAGCUGAAAGGGAGGAGCAUUGGGCAGCACAUCAAAAAAAUGGGCGUGGCCCUCAGUGGCCUGGUGGAGAAGUGUGGCAACAGGUAUCACGUCUUCAACAACAUAAACAGAGCCAAUGAUACUCAAGUCAUUGAGCUGCUGGAGAUGGUCGAUCGCAUGUAAACAGACCUUUAUUCACAUGAACGGUCUACGGCAAAGCUCUCAGCAGAUCUUUCCAAAGUCAGUCCCAGGCACAAUGGCGUGUGCUGUUUUUCAUUCCAGGUGCCAAAACCAUUUUCUUUGUCUAUUAUUGUAAGUUAAGUUGGUUGACUGUAAAGAGGCUACAUCAUAUACAUUAAGUCAUACCCUAUACCAAAUAUACUACAUCAUUUACACUAGAUCAUGCACUACAUAUAUACUACAUUAUAUACACUAAUAAAUCAGUCAGUUAUGUGAGCGGCAAAGUUGAAUUACUAUAGGCUGAAAGAGUGGACACCUGGUUCCCCAACUGUAGAAUUUUUGUGGAUUUCAUAUUAAAUAUGAGAGUAUGACCAGCUCCUAAAGUGUGUGUAAACAUUAUUUAUAAAAUGUAUGCAUAAAUUAAAUAAAAUUGUACUCACACAUGUUCAUUAAAAUCACAUU